GGUAGGGGCACAGGUUUGGUGGCCGGAAACGGACGAAAGUGGAGGCAGACUUUACUCUCUUCUCCGUGACAAUGAUGACGAUGAAGACGCUGAUUGUUGUGGUCCUUGCGGCUGUUGUGCUCUCUUCCUGCCUCCUUGGAGCCGAGGCCAAGAAGCGGCACAAGCCGAAGUCGUCGGCUGGGGCGGGCGCGGAUCUCAAGAUCGAUGUGGAGCAUGUGCCGGAGGACUGCGGGCGCAAGUCGGCCAACGGCGACUCGCUCUCGAUGCACUACACCGGCAAGCUGGAGGAUGGUACUGUGUUUGACUCUUCGGUCACUCGUGGUACUCCCUUUGAGUUCCGUCUCGGUGCAGGCAUGGUCAUCCAGGGCUGGGACCAGGGCCUCCUCGACAUGUGUGUUGGCGAGCGCCGUGUCCUCACCAUCCCGCCGCAUCUCGGCUACGGCGACCGUGGCGCCGGUGGCGUCAUCCCCGGCGGCGCCACCCUCAUUUUUGAGGUCGAGCUCAUGGGCAUCAAGUAAGCACAGCGCUAGUCGCAAUAAAGCUGCUCCCUGACCCC